CAUCACGGGCCCAACGUCAGGUCAAAAUGGCGUCUACUGCUGUUGGUCCGUCUGCUGUAGCACAUCGACCUGAUCAAGAAGAAAACUGUACCGUGUCCCAGCAGACAGUUUAUAAUAACACAUGCAACRAGAUUUUAUUAUUCCAUAACAAUAACCUGAUUCUCAAGGCAGAGCGUGGUGUAACUCUUGGGCUUAUUAAACUUAUCUAUUCAUCAGAUGAUAAUAACAGUGGCAUUAUUCUUGGUGUUAAACCAAGAUUAAACAAACAAGUUCCUUGUUUGGUAACAUUUGACAGCACAAGUCUGACUUAUGAUGCUUAUGAUCUUAUUAUCAAAGAUUUUAGAUCUGGCAAUGACAUUAACAAUGACAUGGCAGGCAAUGCUGAGCAGCCAAGUUCUAAUUUUCUCCAAUGUUUCUCAGUUGGAGAGAGAGCAGCAAACAGUAUGUGCAUAAGUAGACAGGAAUUGCCUCCAUCAGCUGCWCAAUAUAAGGAUUUGGAAUUAACCGAGACUGAUGACAAGGAGUGCAAUUCUUAUGAAGACCACUCWACUGAUGACUCACUUGAAAGGAGUAGGUCAAAUGAUAUGUUUUUGGAAAAUUCAACAACACAAGAAGAUUCUUUUAAAAGUGUUGAACUACAAGACAUUGCUCAAAGGGACUUAAAUUUAUCAGAAAGAGAAACUUCUGAAAAUUAUCCUGAUGAAGAAAAUGAUUGUGAAGAAGAAUUAAAUGAUUGUGAAGAAGAAAAUGAGAAUGAUGAAAGUGUUCAAUUCAACCCAGAAGAUUUCAAUUUUGAUAUAAAAUCUGUUAUACCAACCAAGACAGAUAAAGGAUUGAGAUGGCCAUGCAAUCGCUGCRGCAAGGACUAUUGCAGUGCCAGCCACUUAAAAAGACAUUGGAUUCUUCACACUGAUUUCAAGCCCUACAAAUGUAGUUUAUGCAUCAAACGUUUUCCUUUUCACUGGGAUCUUAAAAGACACAUGACAAAGCAUACUGGCAACAAAAGAUACAAGUGUCCACACUGUACCAAGUCAUUUAAUACUCAGAAGGAACUCAAAUGCCACAACUGGCUGCAUACAGGUCAAAAGGAGUACAAAUGUCAUAUUUGUCAUCAUGAGAUUUCUUCAUCAGGAAACCUGAAAAUACACAUGAGAAAACACACAGGGGAGAAGCCAUACAAAUGUGAAUACUGUCCUAAAGCUUUCUACAUGCUGGGCCACUACCAAUAUCACGUUAGAAGGCACACUGGUGAGAAACCAUAUAAAUGUGACGUAUGUGAUAUGGCGUUUAGCUACUCUGUCAACCUCAAAGAACACAAAAACAUUCAUACCGGGACAAGGCCGUACAGCUGCCCUACUUGCGAUAAGAGGUUCACUCAUCGAUCAACUAUGAAGCAGCACAUUUUGACGCACAGCGGACAACGCCCAUACAAGUGUCAUWUGUGCUCUAAGAACUUCAUUCAAAGCUCAAACUACCGUAUGCACCUUUUAACACACAAAGACAAGCAAGACAGAGCGCAAAAAUGUGACCUUUGUGGUAAAGAAUUGUUGUCAAGRCGAGGCGUCAAGAAACACCGACAACGAUGUGCACAAACAUUAAUUGACAGAGCUAACGGUGUAACCAGCAAAAAGAACAAACCAAAGACAAAUACCAAAGAAAGAUACGAGUGUGGCAUUUGCUCGAAAUUGUUUACCUAUCGCGCUAACUACGAAGCUCACUGCAAAUUGCCACACCCAAUAAAAAAGAAGCRAAGAGAAAGAAAGACACAAGUGGCAAAACAAAGCAAGUCUUCCAUCUCGAGAAGUCACAAUAAAGUAAAAUGCCCUAUUUGUGGUAAGCAAUUCUUGUAUAUGAAGUGCAUCAAAAGACAUUUGCAGAAAAGGCAUUCUGGUAUAGAGGUAGGGACGAGGUCAUCUAAUGUGGUUACAUCACCAUCUGAAAAGACAGAAGCAUUAAAAGAUGUACAGACACUCCCUACUGUACAUAUCCAACCAAUGGGAGAGCUCUCUUCCUCAAAUGUAACUCUCAUUUAUGUCCCUUCUGCAUCAGCUCGAAGCUCAUCAASCGCAAAGUCCUCGAGUAUGUUAACUGUUUUGCCAAAACCACGCCAAGAGAGUGAAACAGGCAGAUCAGAACAUUCAGCAGUUGUUGUGGAUUCUGAAUCAGUUGGUCGUUAUCCUUUGUCAAAGCAAAGUAAUAACGAUAAAACAUGUAAGGGAGCUGAGACUGGUUCACAGGCUAUUACAGCUUUAAAAAUACUUUCUGCCAAGAUUGGAAUAGAAGACCAAUUUCAAGCGUUGUCAAGACGAAAAGACGAGCAACGACCGCCUAUCUCGAAGCAUCUGACAGCUUUAGAACAGCUUUCGAAAAGAGUAGGUGUUGUCGAGGAGAUCCCUGUUACCAUAGAAACUGCGCMUGAGCCCAACGAACAGAAUACUGAUGUCAGCAUUAUGAAGGAUCAAGCCAACUCGCAAAAUGGUUAUGAAAUAGAAAGAAAAGGGCUCAACGAAACAAAAAUAAAUACGGUAGAAUAAAAGUAAAUUGGUUAUGGUUAAUGACCUCCAUAUAUGACAUAUAAGUUUUUUAAUUUGAUGRCUGUUUGUAGGUAACCCACAUGCUCUAAGGAUUCCUAUAAUGUACAUGUAGAUUCAAAGUAUGUGUGUUUAUACGGAGAAGGACAAAAUACAGAGAUUUUAGAAAUUGAAAUUGUUUUUCUAGUAGAGUACAAAACACCACAUCCAGUAGCCGUGGGAAAUCAUUGUUACUGUUACUUAAUAAGACAAUAAUCUGAGUGACUAGGACCAGUUCUUUUCAACUUUUGAUAUGAGCAAGUWAGCAAAAAUUGAUUUACAUCAUUGAACAAAGCACCUCAAAUAUAACAAUUUAAAAACUUGUCAGUUUUUUAAUUUUUAUGCAUUUGUUUUGUAAUUUUUUCAUUUUUAUUUUAAAGCGCCUUAGAACUUUUGUAUUUGCGAAUAAAUAAUGAUAGGUUGGAAAAAUAGCAACAUUCUAGCUCCGUAAAGUUGCGAUAUUUUACGGACGUUUGUAUGAUGAGGGUCAAGUUUGUGCCCCACCAGUCCCCCCACCAUACAAACGUCAGUGUAAAAUUUCGUGACUGCAUGGCUAUAUCUUCGUCUGUUUCCAACGUAUCUCUCUCAAACUUGGUAAAUCUACUAAUUUUGAGGUCCUUUKUCCAGCRUUAUCGAUGUAUUUUUGUUAACUAGUCCAUGUAGAAAGUUGAAAAAACUGUGGAAGGGUCUAUCAACGUGAACUAUUUCUCGUUUUUGCUGUAAUAUUUCAAAAACGAGGGCGAGUGUUUCAUUAGGGUUUCCAAACACGAGAAAACAUUUGAAAGCAAGAGGCCGUAGCCCGAGAGUUUUUAUUGUUUUCGAGUGUUUGGAAACCCUAAUGAAACACGAAACACGAGUUUUUUUUUUGGAAUGACUUCUCUGAGUUAAUAAUUCAUUAUGCAGGAAUUAUUUUCUGUGUUAUUUUCUUGUUUUCAUUGUGUUAUUUAAUAUACUUAGAACAGUUAUAUGGGAAAAACAUUAAUAAAAUAUAGAUCCAACCCAA